GUUGCCUUUCCCGGCGAUCGCGUGUUCGUGGUUUGUGCUGGUUCCCGCUGGUGUUUGAGUCGGUUGCGCAACUCUGAGAGGGGUAAACCCUGGAACACAAUUGUAACCCGGAGGAGGCAAGCCUUGGGCCGUGAGUGACUUAAAUCGAAAAGCAGCCAAAACCUUGAGUCGCAAGCAAAACCUUGAGGCGAGGAAUCCUCUGGCCAGCCCUGAGAUGAAAGGCUUGAGAUUUUCUUUUUUUCGUCUACUCUAUCGUGAUCGAAAACUCUGGCACGGCCUCAAAGCUUUGGGGAUUCGUUUCGGGCGUGAGCCCUCAGGUUCCUGA